AUGAAUAUGCAGGAAAACACUACCGUUGGGACUGACUCGAGUACGACCGAAAAUGCAAGUGGAUCCAGCACAACUGAGUCCUCAAAUAUGCAGGAAAGUACUACCGUUGGGACUGACUCGAGUACGACCGAAAAUGCAAGUGGAUCCAGCACAACUGAGUCCUCAAGCACUACUGUCAGCCCAACAACGCGAGUGCCUGCACAGAGUACACAGAAUAGUGCGGGCAACAUAACCGCCUCAUCCACACAAACGACUCCAUCUCAACCUGUAACCACAAGGGCCGCACAAACUACAUCUGCCACUGGUGGAUCAAUACGGCCACUGAUUCACAAAACUAGUUGGAUUCUGUUCCCCGUCAUCGGAGCUUCAUUGUUCUGA